AUGAGAUCAAAUUUGGGUUAUGAACUUCAUGGGUUUUCUGACGCUUCAGCCAAAGUGUAUUCCGCUGUGGUAUAUUUACGUCUUCUUCGAGAAGAGGACGAUGCGAUAGUUACUUUACUAUAUGCCAGGUCUAAUGUAGCUCCUCUUUUACCUGUGAGUAUCCCACGACUUGAACUUUGUGGUGCUCAACUUCUAGCCAAGGCAUUACGCUUUUUAAUUGCUACAAUGGGAUUUGAAAAUGUACCAUUAUAUUGCCACACCGAUUCUACAGUGGUAUUGCCUUCGCUCAGCAAAUAUCCUUCUACUUGGCGCACAUUUGUAUCAAACAGAGUGGCUCAAAUCCUAAAGGGUCUCUUACCUGAUCAGUUAUUGAGUCAUACUUUAUGGUGGCAAGGCCCUCCUUGGCUAGUGCAUCACUCCUCAUUUUGGCCGGCAUCUAGGGCAUUAUUGCCUGAUGGCGUUGACCUCGAACCGAAAUCUUCGGUCAAAACUUGUCAGCUCGCUCACCAUUCUGUCGAGACGAAGCAAUUUCUCACUGAUAUUGCUGACAGAAUUGCAUCUUGGCCAAAGUUGAUUAGAGUUACAGCCUAUUGUCAACGGUUUAUUGAAGCUCUUCUUCAAAGCUUCGGAAAGUUGACAGAAGAUGAGGAUCUGCUGAAGAGCCUUGCUCUCUCUGCAUCAGAGAUUAAUAAGGCCUCUUUAUGGUGUAUCCAACAAGUGCAAAGUACUGCCUUUGAUGUUGAGAUACAUGCUCUAAAAAAAGGAAACGUGAUUCCUUUAGGUUCACUCUUCAAGAUCUUGAACCCAUUUCUGGAUGGUUCGGGUGUUUUACGUUUGUGUGGUCGCGUACAUCAGGCUCCUAUUAGAUAUGAGGAAAAACAUCCUGUAAUAUUACCUAGUCAUCGCAUGAGUGAACUCAUUGCUCUACACGCUUACAUACGAUCUAUGCACGGUGGGAUACAGCUCUCUUUAUAUACACUUCGCCAAGCGUUUUGA